UAACAACUGGAUGUGGACUUGCCAACGCCACUAGCAGUUCCUGUGGCAACAAAACUUGUUUUCAUUAAAUAAAACCAAACACACAUAAAACUCGUGCGUCUUCUUAACACCUCACAUUCCUUCAUAAAUUUAAUAAGAUAGUAAACCUUCCACCUCUCUCUCUUCACUCUCAGCUUUUCAAGUAUGAAUUUUCAACAACUUCCUCAUCUCUUUCCGCAACAGAUUCCUAAUUUGAGAAAUUCCAGUGUAAUGAAGACUAAUAUUUCGAAGGAAGAGACUAAAUGUGCACAGAUGACAAUCUUUUAUGAUGGGAAAGUAGUUGUAUUUGAUGAUAUUCCAGCUGAAAAAGCCAAGGACAUUAUGGUCUUUUCCGCCACCAAUUAUGUUCAAGAGCAUCCUCAAGUAGCAUCCUCACCUGUUAUUUAUGAUUUACCAAUGACUAGAAAAGCUUCACUUCAUCGGUUCUUGGAGAAAAGAAAGGAUAGAAUUGGUGCAAGGGGACCAUAUCAAACAAGUAAACCAGCAGUGACUCUUGGUAAGCCAAUUGAUGAAUAUAUGUCAUGGCUUUCUUUGGCAUCACAAUCACCACAAGAUCACAAAUCUGAGUGUAGCUCUACCACUGUCUUGUUUUAACUUUUGUUGUUGGAUUGGAUAGAUUCCAAUAUUGUCAGAUGCUAUGCUCAAAAAAAUGUGUUGGCUCAUGCUUAUUAGUAACAUUAUUAAGAGUGUAGUUCUGAACUUCUUCUGAUUGAUAUUAAAAAAAAUGUACUUCUUGUUACUUA